UUUUCUUCUUGCUCAUGCUGACCUGCAUUUGAAUUCUCUGCAACAAUUGGUGUAGUUGACAGUAUUCAGCACCAAAAGGACUAUGGAUUCCCAAACAGUAUAGCCUAGUUUUGCCUGAUCCUGAGCUGCAUAUAAAUGGAAUGCAUUUUUUCUGAAUCUGGAUUUUUUUUCCCACUCUGUAUUAUGUUUGUAAUACAGGUACAUACAGGCUGGCUCCAGCUCGCAGCUAUGUCUGAAGUCCAUCCCGACUGGCUCAGUGAACAUCAACUACAACGCCUAAAGGAAAUGCUUGUUGUGGUUGAUGAAGAUGACAAGGUCCUUGGGGAAGACACCAAGAGGAACUGCCAUCUGAACGAGAACAUCAAGAAAGGGCUGCUGCACAGAGCCUUCAGUGUGGUUUUGUUCAAUACAGAGAAGAAAGUCCUGAUUCAGACGCGAUCAGACAUCAAGCUGACUUUUCCUGGGCAUUUUUCUGACUCCUGUAGUAGUCACCCAUUAUACAACCCUGCAGAACUGGAAGAAAAGGACGCCUUGGGAGUGAAGAGGGCAGCCCUGAGACGCCUGCAGGCUGAGCUGGGAAUUCCCCAGGAGCAGCUUUCUACAGAGGACAUAGUGUUUAUGACAAGAUAUUUUUACAAAGCAAAAUCAGAUCAAAUUUGGGGAGAACAUGAGAUCUGCUACCUUCUCUUAGUGAAGAAGAAUGUGACCAUCCACCCAGAUCCCGACGAAGUUGACAGCUGCUGCUACCUGGCCCAGGAGGAAUUGGAAGAGCUCCUGGAAAAGGCAGCCAGGGGCGAAGCGAGGGUCACGCCCUGGCUGAGAAUCAUUGCAGAGAGGUUUCUGUAUAAGUGGUGGCCUCACUUGGAUGAAGUGACCCAGUUUGUGGAGCUUCAUAAGAUACAGAGAGUGUGAAAAACAGGGAGGAAAGUGUCUGCCAGGAAGGGCCAGAUAGCAAAGGCUAUGCUUGCAAGUGGGAGACUCUGGUUUAAAUGGGAUUACGCACCUCAACCAAAAAAGGGAAAAAAAGGGGACUUGAUUGCUAAUCAUCUAUAAAUCACUACUUUUGAUCAUUUAA